AUGUCCGACAUUGCACCUGAGGAUAUGGGGUCAGAUGUCGAAAAGCGACGAGUCAACAAUUCCAGCAACCCUAACGACUGCUUCUGCGGGUGGUAUAUUUACUAUUCAAGUGUCUGCAACCGUGAAUACCAGAAACUACCAAUUCACUGUGGUGCUAAGCCCACCAAGCCCACCAAGUCGGGAAAGCCUGGAAAAGGUAGCUUCUGCUCCACUCCAGCCCCGCGUAAUAUCAUCUCCGCAAUAGCUAUGAUACUCAUUGUUGGUGGUGCCUAA